CAUAUUUACACCCGCCCGCCAACUUCACAUGGCCUUUGCCCGUUUGGCCAAUGCCCCCGUGUGCCUCACGGAUAACGAUGCGUUUCACUGUGCGCUGACCGCUGUAUGUUAACAGCUAGCGCUCUCUGUUAUGCUGUGGAACCACACGCAACGUCACAUCGCACGUACCAAAGUAGUCGAAGCUUCUCCGAGAACGGCGGAUCGACUCCUUCGACCAGAUUCUUGGUCUUCGCCCCGCCGGCGAAGACGACAACACUAGCUCCCCGGAACAGAACGUCUAAACAGGUAGUAGCUGGCAGUGUUGUCCACUCGUACGUUUAGCAGUCCCUGUGCUCCAGCACUGAUGAUGCUUCAACGUGUUGGGGCGCAAACGGAAUGUCCUGCGAGCAGCUGCCUUCUCUCGGCGCGCGUGCCUCCUCUUCUAUACGCCCGCAGACGUCACAAAAUAAAAUUGCUCAUUCUCGUAAACUCCAAUAAACACCAAUUUCAGACUCCUCCCCUCUUAGGACGGAUCUGUCUGAAAUACUCACUUUUCCCCCUUGAGGAUGGAUCCAUCCGAAAUACUCGCUUUUCUUUCAGUCCUCCCUGCCUACUGCUGUCGGUGCGGUACCUGUUAUUUUCGUUCUGUCUAUCAUUUUUUUUUCUUUUUCCCUUUCCGAGUGGUUUCUACCCUAUUUUUGUUUUGUUUCCCCGCGGCGUCGAAUGUGCCGGGUUUUCAGACCACGGGGUCCCCAUUUUUUAUGGACAAUAGAGCUAUAAUGUGAGAAACAACAAUUAAAGUCGAAUACGAUAAAUAUGAUGUUGAUGGAGCCCUGGAACAUAACACAGCUCGCGGUGUGUGCGGUCACGGAUUUCAUGCAAUACCGUACGAAGAGUUCCACGCCUUUCCCAUGUUUAACAGACACGACUACGGGGGGGGUGUUGCGGCAAGGACAUCAAUCGGGGAGUUUCUGCCUUCUUCCACGAGCAUCAUGAUGAUUGGUUUUGAUAAAACAUGGGAAGACGUGCCUCUUGAGCCAGGAUGAUACUCUUGACAACUAAAUACAUGUAGUUCCCACACUGUUCCCUACACGUUCACGACAGUGUGGUUUCUUAUGCCCCCGUCUCGCAAGUCAUUGUCAAGCAUCCGUAUGUAUGUGUGGAUACGUUGUAGCUGGCGCCUUUGCAUCAAAAAAAAAACAAUUGGAGAAAAGACGACAAAGAACGUCAGGCACCGACUGAGGUGCGUGCUACCCUACGUCAACCGCGUUGUUGACGGACCCCUUGCUCCCUCAUAUGCAUAGAUAAUACUGAGGACGACGACGACGACAAUAAAAGACAUCUUCGAGCGACGGAUGCACAGCUAGCUGUCAACCAUGUCCUGGCUGACCGAGCAGCCCGGCUUCUUUCUGAUUUUUCCCCCGCCCUUCCUCUUGUUGACCCCUUCGCUAUGCGAGGGUCCACUACGCCCACCCGUGAAUGAUUAUACAGCUGUCACGACUACGAUACACCCCACCCAUCCAUCCAUCCACCCAUCCAUCCAUCCAACGCGCGCUGCUCGCACCGUCCUGGCCAAUACAUCCAUGUACUAAUGUACCCCUUACCCCUUCUACCGAUAUUAUAUGCGCCACAUUCCCCGUGCGCCGUGGAGGUAGAACCCCCGUCCAGGCUGAUUUACCGGCGCCCCCCUCUUCCCAUCCCGCGACAGGGAAUGCCACCGACAAUCAACAACGCGGACAAUCCUGGACUAGCGCUGACCGGUCCAAAAAGAAAACAACCAAACGCAAGCACGUGACCCAACCUCUAGCAACGCGUUGGUCUAUCACCCCACCCCCGCC